AUGCCUCGCAGCAACUGCGCCUCAUGGCUCAUGGCUAAGCAGUCGCCUGUCAACGUCGUGGAUACUGCACCAUACACAUCUCCCUCAGCCGGCGAGCUCGUCAUCAAAACUAAAGCUAUAGCCCUAAACCUAGCCGACGUUGGCGUCCAGAAGCUUGGGAUCCUCUUGGGAGACUACCCGUCAAUUCUGGGCUGCGACGUAGCCGGCGAGUUUGUCCAAGCUCAUGCCUCCCUAGCCGGUAUCUAUGCCGUCGGGAAUCGUGAAGGCAAAUAUUGCUACUCGGCAUGCCAACAGUAUGUGGUUCUGAAUCUGCCUUUCAUUGCUAAGAUCCCGAAGGAGGUGGCAUAUGAAGAUGCCGCUGUACUGCCUCUAGGAAUCAAUACUGCUGCCAGCUCUCUGUUUGCGGAGGAGACCCUUGGGCUUGAUGUGCCCUCUGUUGAUGGCACAAAGCCCCCUCGAGGCAAGAUGCUCUUGGUUUGGGGUGCCAGUAGCAGCGUUGGCGCUUGCGGCGUACAGAUGGCUACGCAAGCUGGCUACGACGUUGUCGGUGUUGCAAGUAAAAGAAACCAUGAAAUGAGAGAUCCGACUCUCGUUGAUGAUAUUGUGGCAUUCCUGGAUGGUAAAGAGGUGGCCGGGGCUUACGGGGCUAUUACUAGUGAUUCAGCUUUGAAUGCAACGUGUGAGAUCCUCGAUAGAAGUGGUGGGAGGAAAUUGGUGGCGUCAGUCAUUCCAGGUGCGGAAGAAAAGGCAACCAACAGUGUGAAAGGCGUUACAAAUUUUGCGACAGAUAUAGCUAACAGUGGGGUUGGAAAUGCCAUUUGGCAAUGGCUUUCUUCAGCUAUGGGGUACAGGAUUAAGUAUAUGCCACAGUCGGAAGUGGUGGGGAAAGGGUUAGAGCAGGUACAGGAGGCUGUUGAUCUGCUGGCCCACGGAGUCAGUGCGAAGAAGUUGGUUGUCUCUAUAUAAAUGUCCUUCCUAAGUAAUUAUUCGAAAGUCUUGAUUAUUAACGGUUCAUCCAAAACAGGGUUAUAGCAAAGUCAUCCUAGACCUGGGAUCUUUCCACAACCACUGACAAUAUUCCUGUUUGGGAAUGCCAGGUAGACAGUUGGCAGACAUACUGAAAAGAAUGAAGCUGAUUUGAUCAAAAGCAGGAGUGGGACUGUUCUCAUGCCAGCGAUUUGCGCUAAUUUGAUGUCCCGGAGAAUGGGAUCCACAAUUCCACGCUGAGGAUCUUGACCUGCUAUAUCCAUGCACUGGCUCUCUACAACAGACAACAUAUACAUAAAGUAAAUGAUUUGCGUAAAAAAGUUGCUAGGUGUGCUAAUUCAGCCCCAAGUAUCACUCGGGAGGUUGAGGACCUUGCCUUAAUAUUGCCGCCAGCUAUUUGGUAGAUUCUUU